AUGGAACAGAUGUCCGAUCUCAGAACGGAGAAUUUGAAGAAGGGGGCGGCGCCUGUAAACAACGAUGACAUCAUCGACCUGAUCCAGACCAAUAUGUUUGCAGAGAUCGGAUGCGGUCCAUUGUGUCGAGUAAACCCCUUGACGGAUCGCGGUAAGAGAUUUCAGCUGUUCAAGAUCCUGUGUUUGACUGUGAUACCGAUCCUAGGUGUAUGGGGCUUCACAAUGUACUCCCUGUCAGACAGUGUCGAGAGCAAAACAGACAUAGAAGUGGCGAAAAAUUCAAUGUCAAUAGUUGUCGUCCUUGGGCGAUUGAUCCAUCGUCUUCAAAUGGAGCGAGAUAUGAGUGUGCUGUAUCUAAGUGAUCUUGGGCCGGGAACCAAAACGUUUCUUCUGGCAGAAUAUAUGGCGACAGAUGACGCAUUGGAGAAACUGACCAUCUGGCCUGGUGCCCUGCAGAGAAAUCCUCGAGAGCAGUUUAGAAGCAAAGUGAAUUUGAUGUCCUACAUAGCGCAACACAGAACAUCGCUGAAUCCGAAGAAAGUGGAUCUUUACGAAGAAAUCAACUUUUACAGUGACAUCACCCGAGAGUUUCUGGAAUGGCUUGUUGAAAACAUUAAAGGUUCUGGCUUUGGUGCUACUUGGAAGACUCUGGUAGCUUACCAGAAGAUCACUCGCUGCAAGGAGGACAUCGGUGUGGAGAGGGCAUACGGGGCUAUGUUCUACACAAUAGGGAUGUUCCCACGCUGGAUAGAUUUUGAGUUCUACAACGACCAGGUUCAUGAUUUCAAAUACAACUACAAGACUGCCGUUUUCUACUCUGAUAUAGUCGUCCCCCUACUGAUGGAAGAAGUUAAAGAAAUCAAAUCUACUGGAAUCAACAUUACGGUUACUGUGAAUGCCUACCGUUAUGAGAUACAAUAUCACGAUCUAAAUGUAUCAUACAAGUCCGAGGAGAAGACAAAAUGGUUCUUUGAUAACAUGACAGAAUAUCUAGAUUCACUACUAAUGAUCCAAGAAAAGGUUGCCAGCAGAAUCACAGAGGAAGUUGAAGAAGUUCUAAAACAGGUUAUAACAAAAGUUGUGAUUUAUGCUUCGAUGGUCGUGGUUGUCAUAGCAAUGUGUCCCGUGAUCAUGUUUUCAUCAGAAGCACUGGCCAGCGACAUUCAGCGAUAUACACAGACACUCGUAGCUAAAACUAAAGAACUGAACUUGGAAAAGCACAAAACAGAUACACUCUUAUAUCAGAUGGUACCGAAAUCAAUUGCUGAAAGAUUGAAAAACAGUUCUGCCGUGGAGUCCGAGUUCUUCCGGUCCGUGACGAUAUUCUUUUCGGGCAUUUCCGGUUUUAAUCUGGUUUGCGCGGAAUGUUCUCCAAUUGAUUUGGUGACGAUCUUGAACAGUUUGUACACAGCAAUGGACGAGCAAAUUGGCAAUUACGAUGUUUACAAAGUCGAGACUAUCAAUGACUGUUACAUGGUAGCUUCCGGCUUACCAAAUAGAAAUGGCGAAAAGCAUGUAUCAGAAAUUGCUUCUAUGGCUAUAGAUGUACUCCACAUGUCUCGUAACAAACAGUUCCCCUCCGAACAUACCCCGAUACAGCUGCAAAUUGGAAUCAAUACAGGUUCGGUGUCGGCGGGAAUAGUUGGCACAGUGAUGUUGCGGUAUUGUCUGUUUGGUGACACAGUAAACAUAGCAUCUAGGAUGAAUUCUUACGGUUUGCCCAAUCGUAUCCAUAUAAGUGACAAUACAUACCUAUGCUUGAAGAAAACUGGAAAAUACAAGAUGAAGUUGCGAGGAAACAUGGACAUCAAGGUAUUUUUGCCAAAGUCAGUGAUGGCGGAACAUUUUAAUUGA